CCGGAUCAGCAUAGCCUUACCAGAAAUUGUUGAUGCCACGAAAACCUGCAAAACCUAAGAUGGGUGAACGCAUUGAUGUUUUAGAAACUCAGAUGGAAUCAGUUAACACAACUCUUGAGGGACUGGUUCGCCAGAUGCAGCUGCACGCUGAUCAAAUGAAACAACAGAGUCUGGUUCUUGCUGAAUUGAGUAAGAUUGUUGGUAAGAAAGCAAUAGACGAUGGUGGUGGAGAAUCAUCUGCUGGAAAUUCUUCGCAAAAUGAAUCUUGCUUGGCUAGUAAGAAGGUGAAAUUACCGGUGUUUGAAGGUGAAGAUCCAGUUGCUUGGAUCACAAGAGCUGAGAUCUAUUUUGAUGUUCAAAACACACCGGAUGAUUUACGAGUAAAGCUGUCACGAUUGAGCAUGGAUGGUCCAACUAUCCAUUGGUUUAAUCUUCUCAUGGAAACAGAGGAUGAUUUAUCUUGGGAGAAAUUGAAGCGUGCGUUGAUUGCACGCUAUGGAGGACGACGCUUGGAAAAUCCGUUUGAAGAGUUGUCGACGUUGAGACAAAAGGGAACGGUGGAGGAAUUUGUUGAGUCGUUUGAGUUACUGUCUUCCCAAGUGGGAAGGCUUCCUGAAGAACAGUACCUUGGGUACUUUAUGAGUGGACUCAAACCUCAGAUCCGGAGACGCGUCCGUACCUUGAAUCCACGCAAUCGCAUGGAGAUGAUGCGAAUAGCGAAGGAUGUAGAAGAUGAAGUGAAUGAAGAAGACGGUGAGGUUGAGAAGCGUAGCAAUACUAAGAAGAAUGGGUAUGAGAGAUUGGGCCUAAGUGAUUGGGCUUCAAAAAAUGGACCAAACUCUAAAGAUCUAACCCGUUUCUCCAAACCGGGUGGGUCUUACCCGAAUCAGAAAACGGGUAUCGGUGGAUCUAACUCAAAACCUACAUCUUCUAUGGCUUCAACGGCGCGAAAACAGGACAAUGAUCAGCGCAACAAUUCGUAUGAGAAAUGGAAGGGAGUACGCAGUUUUCACAGUGAUGAGGUAGAAGAAAGAAGAGCAAAAGGAUUGUGUUUCAAGUGUGGUGGAAAGUGGCAUCCUACCAACCACAAAUGUCCUGAACGUGCGUUGAGAAUCCUCAUUCUUGGUGAUGGAGAAGUGCUAAAUGAAGAAGGAGAAAUUGUGAUGUUGGAAGAGGUAGAUGAGGAGGCGAAGGAAGAGGAGGUGGAAUGUAGAUCCAUGGGUGUUCUGGGUAGUAUGGGGGAGUAUCAAACUAUGAAGGUGGAAGGAAAAAUUGCUCAUGUCGAUUUGUUAGUGUUAAUUGAUAGUGGAGCAAGUCAUAAUUUUAUCUCACCUAAAGUCACCACUGCUUUAGGUCUUGCUAUCACACCUAUGCCUAGCAAGAGCAUUAAAUUGGGAGAUGGUCACAAAGUAAGCACAAAAGGAGUUUGUGAAGGUGUGAAAAUGAAGAUGGGAAUGUUAGAAAUCGUGGUUGAUGCCAUGGUCUUGGAGCUAGGAGGGUUAGAUAUGGUGUUGGGAGUAUCAUGGUUGAGUACUCUUGGAGAGGUGGUCAUGGAUUGGAAGUUACUGACUAUGCAAUUUGUUCAUAAUGGACAACAUGUGAAAUUGCAAGGGAUAGGAAAUAAAGGCAGCAACAACAGCUACUUGAAUGCUUUUUUGAGAAAUUGGCAGGGAAGGGAAGGAGUGGAAUGGUGGUCACAAUUUCAAUCUAUUACAGCUGACAAAAUUAUAGUGUCUCACGACAUCAAUGCUUUGUUAGCAAAAUUUCAUGACGUAUUCAAAGAUCAAAUUCAACUUCCUCCCAAGAGGUCUAAGGUGCAUCAGAUUAAGUUGAAACCAGAUCAUGGAAGUAUAAAUGUUAGGCCUUAUAGGUAUCCUCACCACCAAAAAGAAGAGAUUGAAAGGCAAGUUACUGAGUUGCUGGAAGCAGGCAUCAUCAGACCAAGUAUGAGUGAUUAUUCUAGUCCUGUGAUUUUGGUCAAAAAGAAGGAUAAGAGCUGGCGCAUGUGUGUGGAUUAUAGAGCCUUGAACAAAGCAACAAUACCAGAUAAGUAUCCUAUACCUAUUGUUGAUGAGCUGUUGGAUGAAUUGAAUGGAGCUUCUUUAUUUUCUAAAAUAGAUUUAAAAUCAGGAUAUCAUCAAAUUAGGGUUCAUGAAGAUGACAUUCCUAAAACUGCUUUUCGUACCCACAACGGCCAUUAUGAAUAUCUUGUUAUGCCUUUUGGUCUAAUGAAUGCACCAGCUACUUUUCAAGGUAUUAUGAAUGAUAUUUUCAGACCUUAUCUGAGAAAAUUUGUAUUGGUUUUUUUUGAUGACAUUCUAGUCUAUAGCAAAAAUAUCCAACAACAUCUGCAACAUUUAGAGGUAGUUUUGAAUGUGCUGACCUCAAACUGUUUUGUUGCCAAUCAAGCUAAGUGUAAGUUUGGAUGCACUCAAAUUGAUUAUUUGGGUCACAUCAUUUCUGGAGAAGGGGUUUCUGUUGACCCUGAGAAAGUGAAAUGUAUUCUAGCAUGGCCUGAACCAAAAAAUGUCAAAGGCGUGAGAGGUUUUCUUGGUCUUACUGGGUACUACAGAAAGUUUAUUAAGGAUUAUGGUAAACUAGCUAAACCACGUACUGAACUCACAAAAAAAGAUAACUUUGCAUGGGGUGUUGAAGCUAACAAUGCUUUCCAGCACUUGAAGAAAGUUAUGACAUCUCCUCCAGCACUAAUCCUCCCUAAUUUUAACAUCUCUUUUGAGGUUGAAUGUGAUGCAGCGGGGAGAGGAAUUGGUGCUGUUCUGAUGCAACAAAGACAACCAGUUGCAUUUUUCAGUAAAGCUCUGUCUGAUGGAAAUCUCACGAAAUCUGUGUACGAGAAGGAGCUGAUGGCCUUAGUGUUGUGUAUACAACAUUGGAGGCAUUAUUUACUGGGAAAGGAAUUUGUAGUGUACACAGAUCACAAAAGUCUCAAACAUUUUCUACAGCAGAGGAUCUCUUCACCUGAUCAACAAUGUUGGUUGGCUAAACUUCUUGGCUACCAAUUUGAAGUGAGAUACAAACCUGGAUUAGAGAACAAGGCAGCUGAUGCGUUGUCUAGAUGUUAUGAUGAAACAGAGUUGAAUUCUAUUGUGUCUUAUCCUACAUGGGAUGAGAAGCAGAAAUUACUUGAUGAGAUUGCUACAGAUCCUUACAUACAAAACAUGAUCAAAAAAGUUCAAGAUAAUCCUAACGACAAGCCAGGUUUUGUGGUAAAGCAGGGAGUACUUUUAUACCAUGACAGGUUGGUGAUCUCUCCACAUUCACCCUCUAUUCCUUGGUUACUAGAGGAAUUUCAUUGUACUCCUGCUGGAGGGCACUCUGGGUUUUUGAGGACAUACAGAAGAUUAGCAGAUUCCUUAUAUUGGGUGGGAAUGCAGAGGAGCAUAAGGAAUUUUGUUCAAUCUUGUGAUGUCUGCCAAAGACAGAAGUAUAAUGCUACUAGUCCGGGUGGGUUACUUCAGCCACUUCCCAUCCCUAAUGCCAUAUGGGAAGAAUUAUCUUUAGACUUCAUCACAGGUUUGGUUCUGUUUUUGAAGGAAUUUCUGACGAUGGAAUCAUUUUUGCUGUAAAAGAAGUUUCACUGCUUGAUCAAGGGGAUCAGGGAAAACAAAGUGUCUAUCAACUGGAGCAGGAAAUUGCACUUUUGAGUCGUUUUGAACAUGACAAUAUAGUUCAAUACUAUGGCACUGAAAUGGAUGAAUCCAAGCUGUAUAUCUUUAUUGAGCUUGUGACCAUAGGUUCUCUUAGAAACCUCUAUCAGAGGUAUACUCUCUGAGAUUCCCAAGUAUCUGCCUAUACGAGACAAAUUCUGUAUGGUUUGAAGUUUCUUCAUGAUCAAAAUGUAGUUCACAGGGACAUCAAAUGUGCAAAUAUAUUGAUGGACGCAAAUGGAUCUGUCAAACUUGAUUUUGGGUUAGCAAUGGCAACCAAAUUGACUGAUGUUAAAUCAUGGGAGGGGACAGCGUUCUGGAUGGCCCCUGAGGUUU